AUGACUGUUAAAUAUCUCGCCUCUCACUGGCUACAUAAACCCUCUUGCUCUUCGCCUCAUUUUGUUCCCUGCCAACCUCACGCCAGCUCGACUCCUCCCAUGCCGCCACCGGAUUCUUUGUUUGACUUGUGGCGAAAAUCGCGCUCAACUAUUUCUAGGGAGGGCCGCUCCUAUAGUCUAGGUGCCCAGCGUCCUCUCAACAGAGAGACAUUCUCUUUGGCAACGAAAUUGGCUCAACUCUGCGCGCCUCAGAUGUCGGCGAUUUUUUGGAGCCUUCACCCUUGGCGAGCGCUCUUGACGGUAGUGUUUGGUUUCUUGCGCGGUCUUCUACCGGUAUUCAAAGGCUACUCUCAUGCACUCAUCAUUGACGAGAUUCAAGCUCUCAUCGGGUCUACAGACAUCGACAUUACGUGGCACCACCUUCUUCGUCUUCUAAGCACCGAGGUCCUGCGACUGGUUGUAGAACACGCCUUGGACACGUUCGCGGCCAACAACGAGCAGGUCCUACAGGCAGCCGCGCGUUUCCUCAUCGAAUACAAGCAACUCGAGACGCGUGUCAGCCUCGAUGUGACCAUGAUGUCAGACUCUGUCAUCCGCGAUCUCCUUGCAGAGUCAGACAUGUUCGUCUCGUCAUUCCAGGGUGUUGGAGGCGGAUUUGGUCUACUCUCUCCCUUCGACUUCAUCCGCGUCUUCACACUCCUCUCUGAGAUCCUUUCCAAUCUCUACGUCCUAUAUUCUCUCACCAGCAGCCAUGCCCACUCGGAUUCAGAAUCACUCUCCCUGUUUACGCUGGCAUUCUCCAUUCUGUCUUGUGCAUAUCCCUAUAUCCAGAGCUAUCUUUUCCCGUACCGCCACCGGUUUGACAUUCCCUCUUUUGGAGAGGAAGAAGCACGCAAUGCGGAGGUACAGGAGAGAAUGCGCCACCUCUCAACAAGUGAGUCUCACCGACCGGAAGUCAUGCUGUUUGGCCUGGGACCAUGGAUUUUGGACACCUGGGCCAACGCCCGCAGAGCUUCUCUUGGUCUCCGAAGUCACCCACAAGCAAGAACGGGACCGCGUGUCCUAUCCAACCUUCUAUUACACAUCAACGGUGCCGAAGUGAUCACUUCCUUGCAGAACAUCCCGAUGAUUCUGAUGCUUCAAUCAUCCACAUCGCUCGGCUCCCUCGCACUAUACCGCAAUUCCAUUCAUUCCAUUGUGCAGGCCUUCAGCAGUCUCUGGGUCACCCUUCAAAUGACCAUCCAGGGUGUCUUCUUGAUGGGAGCCUUCUGGGCGAGCGUCGAGGUUGGGCAGUCACGUUUGAACCCCAAGCCCGAGGACCAGGUCCCCUACGUUUCCCGACCCGGCGGUGGAAUGCGCAUAGAAGCACAGGAUCUGUCAUAUACCUACCCCGGCAGUCCUACACCUGCCCUUCACCAUGUGAACUUCACACUCGAACCAGGAGAAACGCUCGCCCUUGUCGGUCGUAAUGGCUCUGGCAAAUCAACCCUCGCCAAAAUCCUCCUCCGCAUCAUUGACUUCCACUCCGGCUCCCUCACGCUCAACGACACUUCCAUUCGGCUCUACAACCCCUCCGACCUCCAUCGCGUCUGCACCGCCAUUUUCCAACAGUUCUCGAGAUAUAACGGAACGGUGACGGACAAUGUCGGGGUCGGCCGUGUGGAGGAUAUGCGCUCGGAUGUUAGUGGUACGCGCGAUGGACCUGUACGGAGGGCAAUAAGGCUGGCCGAGGGAGAAGAGGUUGUAGAUGCAUUGCCGAAGGGUCUGGAGACCGUACUCGAUGCUGUGGGAUUCGAUGCGAUGGGGGCGUCUGGGAGUCAGGGCUCGGGGGCUGGGUAUGGCGCGUAUACUGGGCCGGGCAUGAUGGGCGUAGACCAAGAGUGGAUGCCGCAUGGUCUGUCUGGUGGUGAGGCAAGUUGGCAACGCAUUGCCCUCGCGCGCGCGUUCAUGCGUGCCCAUCGGCCUGAAGUUGACCUGCUGCUCUUCGAUGAACCUACUUCAUCCCUCGACUCACACGCACAGCGCAAUAUAUUCGACACUCUGGACAGAAUCUCUCGCUCGGGUGGCGAGGACAACGGAAGAAAGACGAAGACGACUAUCUUCAUCACCCAUCGUCUGUCCACUGCGCGGAGAGCCGACAAGAUCGCUAUGAUGGAACACGGGGCCAUCAUAGAGUUCGGGACUCACGAGGAACUCCUCGAUCUCGGGGGGGCUUACGCGUUGUUGUACCAUGCCUCCGUAUGA